AAGCAAUUCAGUUUUUUGUAGAGCAAAUUCGACACGCUCUUUGACCUCUAUACUUAAACUCCUCGCUUGGUGAGCGGAAAAACGAAACAUCGCCACCUGCUGGAGAAGACAGAUUUCGUGCCCAGUUAUCGCUCUCGCAUCGCCUCUUCCUCAUAUUGCCGUUCUUCAUGUUCAGCUGGCAUUCAUUUCCCUCGUCGUGGUUCUAACUACCCUGCUGAAAUCAUGCAUCGACUUCAACACUUGGCAAAUAGAUCAUUGAUUGCUGGUGUUUUUGACCAGUCUCCAGCCCUUGUGCGGACAAAGGCUCGGGAAACCGCAUGUUUAGUGCAGUCCAUAAGACUCAAAACACAAGGACCGGUUGAACAGUAUGGACUGAAGAGAUUCAGUACAGCUGAGGCAACCGUGAUUUUGAGAGAGAACGGCAAGAUGCGAGAAAAGACUCUGACCAUGGACACCCUCAAUCCGCAGGUGAAAGCGGUGGAGUACGCUGUGAGAGGACCCAUUGUCACGAAGGCUGGGGACAUCGAGAGAGGCUUGCAGCAGGGUCAGAAACAUCCCUUCACUGAGGUCAUCAAAGCCAACAUUGGAGAUUCACAUGCCAUGGGGCAGAAGCCAAUCACCUUUCUCCGUCAGGUGGUGGCUCUCUGCUCAUUCCCAGAGCUGUUGAACAGCCCUAGUUUCCCAGAGGAUGCCAAACAACGUGCCCGUCGCAUCCUACAGGGCUGCGGGGGACAGAGCUUGGGGUCGUACAGUGCCAGCCAGGGAGUGGACUGUAUUCGGCAGGACGUUGCUGUCUACAUCGAGCAACGGGAUAAGGGUGUGCCUGCCGACUGGGACAAUAUUUACCUUACCACCGGAGCUAGUGAUGGCAUCGUGAGCAUCUUGAAAAUGCUGGUGUCGGGCCAGGGCCGGUCCAGGAGUGGUGUGAUGAUCCCCAUCCCUCAGUACCCCCUGUACUCUGCAGCCAUCUCUGAGUUGGAGGCCGUUCAGAUCAACUACUACCUGGACGAGGACAACUGCUGGGCCCUGGAUAUCAACGAGCUCCACAGAGCCUACCAGGCUGCCAAAGAGCACUGUCACCCCAGAGUCAUCUGCAUCAUCAAUCCAGGCAACCCUACCGGUCAAGUGCAGAGUAGGAAGUGCAUCGAGGAAGUCCUCCACUUUGCCUACGAGGAGAAUCUGUUUGUUAUGUCCGAUGAGGUGUAUCAGGACAACGUGUACUCCCCAGACUGUCAGUUCCACUCCUUUAAGAAGGUGCUCUACGAGAUGGGCCCAGAGUACUUCAACACUGUCGAGCUGGCCUCAUUUCACUCCACCUCCAAAGGCUACUCAGGAGAGUGUGGGUUCAGAGGGGGAUAUAUGGAGGUUCUCAACCUCGACCUGGCGGUCAGGGCCCAGCUGGUGAAGCUGCUCUCUGUGAGGCUGUGUCCCCCUGUCUCUGGACAGGCUGCCAUGGAUGUCAUCGUCAACCCUCCUCUGCCACACGAACCCUCCUACCUCCAGUUCCACAAGGAGAAGAGCGCUGUGCUUGGAGCUCUGGCUGAGAAGGCCCAGAUGACCGAGCAGACCCUCAACACGGUGCCUGGGAUCAAAUGUAACCCUGUGCAGGGAGCCAUGUACGCCUUCCCACGCAUCUUCAUCCCCCCACGAGCUGUGGAGGAGGCCAAGUCCCUGGGAAUGUCUCCUGACAUGAUGUACUGUCUGAGACUGCUUGAGGAGACUGGCAUCUGCCUCGUUCCAGGCAGUGGCUUCGGCCAGAGGGAAGGGACCUAUCACUUCAGAAUGACCAUUCUGCCCACGACGGAGAAGCUGAAGGUGCUCCUGGAGAAGCUCCGGGAUUUCCACAUCAAGUUUCUGAAGGAGUACGCGUCAUUGGAGGAACCAAAGCGAUGAGAGUCCAGAGGAUGACACACGGGACUCACUAGAACAGUUCAGAUAGUCCCAGUUUGAGAAUGUUUAACACGCGUAACAAAAACAGCAUUUACGGAGGUAUCGACUAACGCUAAUGUAAAGUAAAAAAGUAACCCCUUUUUUACUCUACUAGUGUAACCUAUGAUUGCUUGAAGUUUUAUCUGAUUUUAGGAACAGUACUUGUGUUUUAGAGACAUUGUGCCUUUGUCAGGCGAGGUAAAAGUGUGGGGAGAAACGAUGCCGUCUGUACAGAGAUGUUAAAGGGGCAAUCUGCAGUUGCCACAAACAUUUUAGGACUUAUAAAUGAAAUUGUAAAUCGAUGUACCCAUUGAUUCUUGAAGAAUAUAACUUGGGCAUGCCUUAUAAGCUGUCGUACCUGACCAGAACCCAAAAUAUACGCUUUGUAAAUGUAAAACACUAUAUAGCCUUAACAUGGUUAAAACUGUUAAAACCAUGUUGAUAUCAUGGAUGAUCAGUCCUUGCAUCCAAAGCUCUGGCUAUGAAUUGGGUUACAAUUCUCCAAUCCCAUCCCUCAGAUUUUUAUUGAAACUGGCAGCGAGGAUGUUUUAUUGCAACUACUGCUGAUUGCCCCUUCAACACUAAAGCAAUGUAGUUUGUGAUGUACUCAAAGGUGCUCUAUUAUAGAGGACGCACUGGGAAAUGGGACACAAUGUUCUGAUGACAUUUUCUCUAGCACUCGAUUUACUUGUUUUUGUGCCCACGAAGUUAUUUACACUGUUUUGUAUUUUCUAUCCGUCGUAAGGCUUUUCUGUCUCCUUAAGAGGCAUUUUGUGUGAGAGAUCUACACAAUGGGGCACUGUAAGUGCAAAUAUUAUCUUAGAACCAGCUGUACCUUUUUCAGUGUGCCAAAUGGAACUGGGGAACAGAGGUUGUUUAUGUAGGUCAUGGACUCCGGGACAAUGAGUGCUGCUACAUCAGCUCUUUCUGGUCCAAAAACCAUUUCUAACAUAACAUCCUAUUAGUCCAAGUCAUACAGCAUUGAGCCUGCAUAGCUUCCUGUUGGGCACAUGUUUACCCAUACAGUACCUGUCUAGCAUGACACUGAUCUGAGGUGUCUGUUGCACUUGGAAAGUUUUUUUUUUUGGAGGGUGAAUGUCUACUCGGGUGCCUAGUUACAGUAUUAUGUGCUUGUUAUGGAAGGAAAUGCAAUUGUUUUGUGUGCUACUAAUUGAAGAGUUAAGGUCAAACCAAGGGAAAUGUAGGUUCUGGUAAUUCUGUAUAUUGACCGUGUCCCCAUAUUAGGCUAUUUAUUGCAUAGAUUGUUUACGCUUUUUACUGACAGUGGCUUUAUGGCUAUCAGUCACAUUUGUAUCACAACUGAGAACGAGAAAGGGAGUACGGUUACAUCUCAGAUGGUGGGUUGAAUGCACUUUUAUUAUUUUUGUUUGUAAAAUGUUUGUGGGAUCCUUCUGCCCGUAUCUAUCUUUCUGCAAACUGCAGGAAAUGUCAUUGAGAAGUAAAACACUUUACAAUUUCCUUUUUUAGGUGGGAGAAGAGCGUUGUGACCCACACAAGGCAGUCUAAAAGCUUCAGUUAAACCAAUGAAUUCAGGCAACUUUAUUCUGACACCAUAUCAUCUCAUUUCUAUUUUUGUAUGCAAUUUAAUGCUGAGUGAAGUGUUCAAGCAGUGACAUAACCUUGGCAGCCAUUCAAUGUAUGACACUUGACUGACCUCAAAACAUGAAUUGUUUUUAACCAUUUGACAGCAAUGAGGUGCCUUCAAUGGCAACAAGCUAUAAUUUACAUUGAGUGGCUUUUGAGAAUGUCAGCAAAUGAAUAUUUUUUUAUGAAUGAAAUGUUUUAAAAAUGCACAUUUUCUGACAAAUGUUUGUUUUCAUCAUUCUUCAUGAGCUGAAAGUUAACUGGAAAAGGUUUUGGUUUCAACAUCAAUGUGCUUAUAAAUAUCAACAUACAGUUGAAGUCGGAAGUUUACAUACCUUAGCCAAACUCAUUUAAUCCUAGUAAAAUUACCUGUCUUAGGUCAGUUAGGAUCAUCACUUUAUUGUCAGAGUAAUAGUUAUUUCUUUCAUCACAUUCCUAGUGGGUCAGAAGUUUACAUACACUCAAUUAGUAUUUGGUAGCAUUGCCUUUUAAAUUUUGGCCCAUUCCUCCCGACAGCUAGUCAGGUUUGUAGGCCUCCUUGUACACACUUUUUCAGUUGUGCCCACACAUUUUCUAUAGGAUUGAGGUCGGGGCUUUGUGAUGGCCACUCCAAUACCUUGACUUUGUUGUCCUUAAGCCAUUUUGCCACAACUUUGGAAGUAUGCUUGGGGUCAUUGUCCAUUUGGAAGACCCAUUUGCGACCAAGCAUUUAACUUCCUCACUGAUGUCUUGAGAUGUUGCUUCAAUAUAUCCACAUAAUCUUCCCUCAUGAUGCCAUCUAUUUUGUGAAGUGUACCAGUCGCUCCUGCAGCAAAGCACCCCCACAACAUGAUGCCAACCCCCGUGCUUCUCAGUUGGGAUGGUGUUCUUCGGCUUGCAAGCAUCCCCCUUUUUCCUCCAAACAUAACGAUGGUCAUUAUGGCCAAACAGUUCUAUUUUUGUUUCAUCAGACCAUAGGACAUUUCUCCAAAAAGUACGAUCUUUGUCCCCGUGUGCAGUUGCAAACCGUAGUCUGGCUUUUAUAUGGCGGUUUUGGAGCAGUGUUUUCUUCCUUGCUGAGCAGCCUUUAAGGUUAUGUCAAUAUAGGACUCGUUUUACUGUGGAUAUAGAUACCUUUGUACAUGUUUCUUCCAGCAUCUUCACAAGGUCCUUUGCUGUUCUGGGAUUGAUUUGCACUUUUCGCACCAAAGUACAUUCAUCUCUAGGAGACAGAACGUGUCUCCUUCCGGAGCGGUAUGACAGCUGCGUGGUCCCAUGGUGUUUAUACUUGUGUACUAUUGUUUGUACAGAUGAACGUGGUACCUUCAGGCAUUUGGAAAUUGCUCACAAGGAUGAACCAGACUUGUGGAGGUCUACAACUUUUGUCAAGCAAAGAGGCACUAAGUUUGAAGGUAGGCCUUGAAAUACAUCCACAGGUACACCUCCAAUUUACUCAAAUGAGGUCAAUUAGCCUAUCAGAAGCUCCUAAAGCCAUGACAUAGUUUUCUGGAAUUUUCCAAGCUGUUUAAUGACACAAUCAACUUAGUGUAUGUAUUUUCUGACCCACUGGAAUUGUGAUACAGUGAAAUAAUCUGUAAACAAUUGUUGGAAAAAUUACUUGUCAUGCAUGACUUGCCAAACCUAUAGUUUGUUAACAAGAAAUGUGUGGAGUGGUUGAAAAACGAGUUUUAAUGACUCCAACCUAAGUGUAUGUAAACUUCCGACUUCAACUGUAAUUUCUAACUGAAAUAAGACUGUUAACCCGUUUUUUCUUGUUUUGGAUAUGCAUAAUUUUUUCCCUAAUUCCAGAUUUGCAUUUCUUAUUUUUAUUUCUGUUUUGUACAAUAAAUACUUUUGAGAUCCA